GGUCGCCAUGGGUGACUUCAUGCGCCAGCGGAGUAAGCGGCAGGAGGACAACGGGCUGGGCAGUGUCCUCGAUGUGCUGUUGGCCAACGCCAGGCUGGUGCUGGGUGUCACCGGGGCGGCCGUGCUCGCCAUCGCCACGCUGGCCGUCAAGAGGCUCAUAGACCGAGCCACCAGCCCUCGUGAUGAGGGCGAUCCCAAAGCCGAGCAGAAGACCCUGGAGGAGAGCUGGCAGGACCUGGCCUUGAUCAAAGCAGCACCAAAACCUACCCAGAAGCAGAGAAGGGAAGACCUCAGCGAGCCCCUGCUCUCCCCAGCCCGGCCGCCAGCACCAGAGCCCAGGGUCUGCUCUGCCCCUCUGGAGCCUCCUGGGGUCGAAUCCAUCCCUCGGCGCUGCCUCACGCUGCAGGAGAAGCUCCUCUCUCACUACAGCAGCCGUCUGGCUGUACCGGAGGUGGAAGCAUCCCUCGCCCCACAGCUGGCCAGGAACAUCUGCAUCCAGCUCCAGAGGUUCCUGCGGAGCAAGUGCCCGGAGCUGCCCUUCGGAAACCUCUUCCUCAGCGGUGCCCUGCUCGAUGGCCUCGGGGCUCUGGCAGCCGAUCACAUCCACAUCAUGCUGCCCGUGGUGCUUGACACCUCGCUCUGGAGCCUCAUCCCAGGGGAGGACACCGUGGUGAGGAACCCCCAGUAUUGGAUGAUCAAGAGGACUGAUCUGGAGUAUUUCCCUCGUGGGUGCAGCCCCUGGGACAGGUUCAUUGUCGGUCGGUACUUCUCCUCCAACGUGCUCAAUGAGAGCCUCCACAAGCUGCUGGUGGCCUCCAUCAACUGGCCUGCUAUAGGCAGCCUGCUGGGGAGCAUCAUCCACCCGGUUGUGGCAUCCCAGGAGCUGAAGCUGGAAGUCAAACAUGAGCAGGUCGAGCUGAGCAUCGCCCUCUUCCCAGUGGUGGAAACGGAGGGCAAGGUUCUUCUGGCUGCUCCUCCUGAAGGAUUAGUGGAGAACCUCUGGCUUGAGAGCUUUUACAAGGCAGAGGUGUUGAAGGUGAAGGAGCUGGAUGCUGCUGAUGCUGGGGCUCGGCAGCACUGCCUCCGCAUCCUCAACGGCAUCUGCAAGAGCCAUCCCAGCCUGCACAAACUGAGUGGCAGCCCCUUGACCCACACCAUCCUUCACCUCAGUGCCACCAGUUCAGACUGGGCAGAAGAAAGCCUUGCUGAGAGGUUCCAGGAGGUACUGGAGGAGCUGGUAGGUUACCUGGAGCAAGGGGUCCUGCCUUCCUAUUUCAACCACAAAAUCAACCUCUUCUGCGAGCUGCUGGAAGAGGAAAUCGAUGAGAUGGGCUUCAUGCUCUACAGAGCCAUAGCCGAGCCGGAGCUGCUGCUGAAGGAGCAAUGACUUGGUGCGUUGGGAGCUCCCAUAUGGAGGGUGUUCCUCACCCAUGUGCUGCUCCCAUGAGAGGGUGGCGAUGCUUCUAGUUGACUAGUGAGUAAGAGGCAAAGUUCUUGCACUUUAUGAGGAAACAAAGCAUUUUCUACCUGAAUAAAAGGUGCCUGAGCAGAGGUGGGGGUUGAUGUAAGAAGCCUCUUAUGGAGGCUCUGCCGAACCUGGGUGAAUGCAGCCCACACCUCCAGUACCUGCAGGUGAGUCCUGUCCUCUGGGCAUUGGGAGCCAAUGUGCAGCAUGUUUGGCCUCUGGUUCCCUGUGCCCUUUGCCUGUUAUAGUGGUCAGGCUCCCCUUGUGCUCCAAGACAAGCUGGAGGGGAGCAGUUCCUUGCUGCUGCUGUGUCCUGCAUACCCAAAGGUGCAGCAUCGUGGGUGCUGGAUGCACCAGCACCCAGCUUAGUUUUACUGUGCCAUGCUUUUUGGGGCUGUAGGGUACCACCAAUCCAAACUAAGCCCACAGCCCUCACCUGGGUGGUUGUGUGGGCACUUGAAGGUACAGCUAUAGCAAAGGGGGCUGCUUUGGAAGCCCUUUGAGCUGCCAAAAGGGCAAGCUCAGCCCUACCUCUACCAGUGUUGGCUCUGCCCUGAGGAAGAGAUGUGCUUCCAGCAGUGUUGGGCUUCGUGGCUCUUGUCCCAGUGGGUGUUUUGCUGGAAGAGGUGGUGGCAGGAAGAAAGCUGCUGAUUCCCUCAGUGAGGCUGCAGCAGGGCUGCUGCCCCCUCCCCAAUGGGCGGGCUGCUGCUCAUGUCCAUCUGCAGGUACCUGCUGCUCUGCACCCAACCACAGCAAUGAAUGUUCCCUUCCUGUCUGUCCAGUGACCUUUUCACUUGUGUAUUGCUGCUGUCUUGAGGUCCUGUUCCCCCGCAGCCCCAUGCUGUGGGGCAGGAAUGAUGUUCUGAGCAGAGCACUUGCGAGAACUGAUUGAUGCUUUUUAUGAAGGAGGUGUAGUUUUGUUUGGGUGUUGUGUUCUGUUUCCUUCCUUUGCGUGGCUGCUGUAGUAGGCUUUGGUUCUGGCUCUAGGCCCAGAGUGAAGGAAUAUCCUCUUCUAUUUAAUGGGAAGAGCUGUUUUUGCACGCUGGUGGAGAUGGAGAAAUCGUGUGGGCUUUGGGAGGAGCAGCUCUUGUGGUUUAGUUUUCUUUAUGGCUGUAUUUAUGGCAGGAAAAUAAACCAGCUUUUCCUCUUAGUCUGGAGAUGAUUUCAGUUUGUUCCUCCAAACCCCUUCCCAGGUAUUAGUGAUGAGAAUAAACCUUCCCUGUGUA